CAUAAGAGAGGAAAAAAAAAAAAAAGAGCAGAGAAUCAUUAUUUCCUUUUCUUCUCGUUAUACGAAUUUGGUUGUACCAUGCAAAACCUGGAUUCAUGAGCUUCUCAAUUCUAAAGAGAUUACCUUUAUUUUCUCCACCAUUUGUCAACGUAAUGGCUUCAUCAUCUUUCUACUGUGGAGUUCAAUCAAAGAGAUUCUUAGUGUUAGCCCAGCAGCUGCGUCAUUAUAAGCCUCCACCUUGUUCCUGGGAUGACAACGAGGAACGAAUCAUCGAGGAAGCCGCCGGGAAAUUUGUUUCCCAAGUGGGUUUUCAAGAAUCCGUUACCCGAGUGGCUCAAAACCCAGAAAAGUUUAGAUCCAAAAGAGCUGCUGUUUUGAUCUGUCUCUUUGAAGGGGAUGCUGGGGAUUUGCGUGUCAUUUUGACCAAAAGGUCGUCCAGAUUAUCUACUCAUUCGGGGGAAGUUUCAUUGCCUGGUGGGAAAGCAGAUGAGGGGGACAACGAUGAUGGUGAUACAGCAACUAGAGAGGCUAAAGAAGAGAUUGGGUUGGACCCUUCACUUGUCAAUAUUAUAACUGUUCUUGAACCAUUUUUGUCUAAGCAUCUCCUAAGAGUAGUUCCUGUUAUCGGUGUACUUAAUGACAGAAAGGCAUUCAAGCCUACUCCGAAUCCUGCUGAAGUGGAUGCAGUAUUCGAUGCUCCACUGGAAAUGUUCAUUAAGGAUGAAAAUCGAAGCGCAGAAGAGAGAGAAUGGAUGGGAGAAAAGUAUCUUCUUCACUUCUUCAACUAUGAAAUCGAGAAUAAGAGGUAUUUAAUAUGGGGUUUAACUGCUGGUAUUUUGAUAAGAGCUGCUUCAGUGGUCUACCAGCGACCACCUGCUUUCCUGGAACAGAGUCCCAAGUUCAAGUUUCCUGGACUUGUGGACAAAUAAUCAAACUAUGCAUCAUAGAAAAAAAUUUAGUCAACGUAACUUGUGCAUCAAUGGCAACUCGAAAAGUAAAUAGUCCAUCAUAAAUUAUAAACGAGACCGUUCAUUCA